AUGCGUGUUCUUCUUCGCUUGUGGGUGAUCCUCAUCUUCCUCAAGCUACUAUGCUUCUUCUCCACCUCGGAAUCUCAGUCCCUAGUCACGUGCCAUACACGUGACCUCGAGGCCUUGCGUGAUUUCAUAUCAAAUCUCGAACCAAAACCAGACGAUUGGGUCAAAGACGACGGUUGCUGCAGUUGGACCGGAAUCACCUGCGAUUCAGACAACAACGUCACUAAACUUGAGCUCGUGAACAAAAAGCUGUCGGGAAAGUUGUCUGAAUCUCUCGGGAAGCUUGAUCAGAUUCAAGUUCUUAAUCUCUCUCGUAACUUCAUCAAAGACAAAAUCCCUACUUCGAUUUUCCACUUGACGAAUCUACAAAUCCUUGAUUUAAGCUCUAACGAUCUCUAUGGAGAAAUCCCAAAAAGCUUAAACCUUCCUUCUCUGCAAAGUCUCGACCUUUCCUCUAAUGGAUUCAACGGGUCGUUACCUUCUCAAAUCUGCGACAACUCUACAAAGAUUAAGGUUUUGAGACUCGCGGUGAACUACUUCGCCGGAGAUUUCCCUUUUGGGUUUGGGAAGUGCGUUUUGCUUGAGCAUCUCUGUUUAGGCAUGAACAAGCUCACUGGCAACAUCCCUGAAGAUGUGUUUGGUCUCAAAAGUUUGAAUCUUUUAGGGAUUCAAGAGAAUCGUCUCUCUGGAUUGUUGAGUCCUGCGAUUGGUAAUCUCACGAGCCUCGUUCGUCUCGAUUUGUCGUCGAAUCGGUUUUUCGGUGAUAUACCGAAUGUGUUCGACGAAAUGCCUCAGUUAAAGUAUCUAUUAGCUCAGUCCAAUAGAUUCACUGGAGGAAUACCGAAAUCGUUGGCGAAUUCGAAGAGUUUGAAUCUGCUUAACUUGAGGAACAAUUCGUUAAGUGGUGCUUUGGUGUUGAAUUGUACAGAGAUGAUUGCUUUGAACUCUCUUGAUUUAGGUACUAACAGAUUCAAUGGUUCAUUACCUGAGAAUCUUCCGGUUUGCAAGCGGUUAAAGAACGUUAACCUUGCUCGAAACGCGUUUCAUGGACAAGUGCCAGAGAGUUUCAAGAACUUCCAGAGUCUAUCUUACUUCUCGUUGUCGAAUUCGAGUUUGGUUAAUAUCUCCUCUGCGCUUAGGGUACUUCAGAAUUGCAAGAACUUGACGACUUUGGUUCUUACAUUGAAUUUCCAUGGAGAGGUUUUACCUGAUGAUUCGAGUUUGCUUCGUUUCGAGAAGCUUAAGGUGCUUGUCGUUGCGAAUUGUAGGCUUACUGGUUCAAUGCCGAGAUGGUUAAGCUCGAGUAAUGAUCUUCAGUUGUUGGAUCUUUCGUGGAACCGUUUGACCGGAGCUAUCCCGAGCUGGAUUGGUGAUUUCAAAGAUCUUUUCUACUUGGAUUUAUCGAACAACUCGUUUACCGGAGAGAUCCCCAAGAGCUUAACUCUAUUGCCGAGUCUCACAAGCCGAAAUGUCUCAUUCGAUGAACCAUCUCCGGAUUUCCCUUUUUUCAUGAAGAGGAACGAGAGCGCGAGAGCGUUGCAAUACAAUCAGAUUGUCGGGUUUCCUCCAACGAUUGAGCUCGCUCACAACAAUCUCUCUGGACCUAUCUGGGAGGAGUUUGGUAAUCUGAAGAAGCUUCAUGUGUUUGAUUUAAAAUGGAAUGAAUUGUCUGGUUCUAUCCCUAGCUCGCUUUCGGGUAUGACGAGCUUGGAAGUUCUUGAUCUGUCCAAUAACCGUCUCUCGGGCUCAAUACCGGAUUCUUUGCAGAAACUCACGUUUCUGUCGAAAUUCAGCGUCGCUAGUAACAAUCUUUCGGGGAGGAUCCCUUCCGGUGGUCAGUUUCAGACAUUUCCAAACUCGAGCUUCGAGAGUAACAAUCUCUGCGGAGAACAUAGGUUCCCCUGUUCAGCAGAUACAGCGGAACGCAGCUCUGACGGAACACCGAUCAAACGGUCAAAAAGAACCAAAGGCAGUGACAUUGGAAUGGCGAUUGGGAUCGCCUUUGGUUCGGUAUUCCUUCUUACCCUUCUCGCGUUGAUUGUGUUGCGUGCUCGUAGACGGUCAGGAGAAGUUGAUCCUGAAAUAGAAGAAGAGAGCAUGAACCGCAAAGAACUCGACGAGAUUGGAUCUAAGCUUGUGGUUUUGUUUCAGAACAAUGAUAAAGAACUAUCCUUUGAUGAUCUUUUGGACUCGACGGACAAUUUUGAUCAAGCUAACAUCAUUGGCUGUGGCGGGUUUGGUCUGGUUUACAAAGCAAUGUUACCGGAUGGAAGAAAAGUCGCGAUUAAGCGGUUAUCUGGAGAUUGCGGUCAAAUCGAAAGAGAAUUCAAAGCAGAAGUUGAAACACUCUCAAGAGCACAACAUCCGAAUCUUGUUCUUCUUCAAGGAUUCUGUUUCUACAAGACUGACCGGCUUUUAAUCUAUUCGUAUAUGGAAAACGGAAGCUUAGACUAUUGGCUACACGAGCGUAAUGACGGUCCAGCUUUAUUGGAUUGGAAAAUCCGGCUUAGAAUCGCUCAAGGCGCUGCAAAAGGGUUACUUUACUUGCACGAAGCUUGUGAUCCUCAUAUCUUACACCGAGAUAUUAAAUCAAGUAAUAUUCUUCUCGAUGAGAAUUUCGAUUCUCAUUUAGCGGAUUUCGGACUGGCGAGGCUGAUGAGUCCUUACGAGACACAUGUAAGUACAGAUUUGGUUGGGACUUUAGGUUACAUUCCUCCGGAAUACGGGCAAGCCUCGGUUGCUACUUACAAAGGCGAUGUGUAUAGUUUUGGAGUUGUGCUACUCGAGCUUCUAACCGAUAGAAGACCAGUGGAUAUGUGUAAACCAAAGGGAGGUAGAGAUUUGAUCUCGUGGGUAGUUCGGAUGAAGAAUGAGAAUCGAGCAAGCGAGGUUUUCGAUCCCUUCAUUUACAGUAAAGAGAAUGAAAAGGAGAUGUUUCGGGUUCUUGAGGUUGCUUGUUUAUGUUUAAGCGAAAACCCGAAACAGAGGCCAACUACUCAACAGUUAGUCUCUUGGCUUGAUGAUGUCUAG